CGAAAUUUAUUUCAGCGUGAGUGUAUAUCGAUGCACGUCGGCCAGGCGGGCGUCCAAAUGGGCAAUGCGUGCUGGGAGCUGUACUGUCUCGAGCACGGAAUUCAGCAGGAUGGCACGAUGCCUGCCGACACCGUCUCCGUCAGCAACGACUGCUUCAACACCUUCUUCAACGAGACCGGAUCCGGUAAGAUGGUGCCACGCUCGAUAAUGGUGGACCUGGAACCAACGGUUGUCGAUGAAGUUCGCGCCGGUCCUUAUCGGCAGCUGUAUCAUCCGGAGCAACUGAUCACCGGCAAAGAAGACGCUGCGAACAAUUACGCCCGAGGACACUACUCGAUUGGCCGUGAGAUCAUCGAUUCCGUGAUGGAUCGAGUGCGCAGGCUGACCGAUCAAUGCACAGGUCUUCAGGGCUUCUUCGUAUUUCACUCAUUCGGAGGCGGCACUGGCUCGGGAUUCACGUCUCUUCUCAUGCAAAAACUCUCCGAUAGCUACGGCAAGAAGUCAAAACUUGAAUUCGCAAUCUAUCCUGCACCCCAGGUAUCCACAGCUGUUGUGGAACCCUACAACGCGAUACUGACGACGCACACGACGAUCGAGCAUUCGGACUGCGCUUUUAUGGUGGACAACGAGGCGAUAUACGACAUUUGCCGUAGAAAGUUAGGGAUCGAGCGGCCAUCCUACACGAAUUUGAACAGGCUGAUCAGCCAGGUGGUUUCCUCGAUCACAGCAUCGCUGCGUUUCGACGGUGCCCUAAACGUGGACCUGACCGAGUUCCAAACUAACCUGGUCCCCUAUCCCCGGAUUCACUUCCCCCUGGCAAGCUACGCUCCUAUCGUAUCUGCGGACAAGGCUUUCCACGAGGGAAUGUCAGUCGCCGAGAUAACAUCCGAAUGUUUCGACCCCUCGAAUCAAAUGGUCAAGUGCGAUCCUCGCGAGGGAAAGUACAUGGCCUGCUGUCUUCUUUACCGCGGCGACGUCGUUCCGAAGGACGUUAACGCCGCCAUUGCCACGAUGAAGGGGAAAAGUACGAUUCGAUUCGUCGACUGGUGUCCCACGGGAUUCAAGGUCGGGAUAAAUUAUCAACCACCGACCGUUGUCCCCGGCGGAGAUUUGGCAAAGGUUCAACGCGCCGUAUCCAUGCUGUCGAACACGACAGCCAUCGAGGAGGCCUGGGCCAAAUUGAACCAGAAAUUCGACCUUAUGUUCCACAAGAGAGCCUUCGUUCACUGGUACGUUGGUGAGGGUAUGGAAGAGGGUGAAUUCGCUGAGGCCCGAGAAGACCUCGCUGCGUUGGAAAGAGACUACGAGGAAGUCGCUCUCGAGUCUACAACACCGGACGCCGUUGAGUACUGA